AAAUGAUUCUGCAAGGGUUCUUCUGCGUUACAGUUUUAUAAACGUGUGUAUAUAUAAAACAUAGAUACAUAUAUAUUCAAGGGACAGACAAAUUGUGUUCCUCUCCUUACAAUCCUCUCGCCGCCUUCCGGCAAUCUCGACUUGUUCCUCCUACAAGCAGGGCGGGUAGAAAUCUUGAUGCAAUGAUUGUGGGAGUGGGGAAUGAUGUGCAGGAUGCUCUAGUCAGACAGACGAUUGGAAUAGGGCCUUAUCUUUCUUUUCCAAGGGUAAAUGAUGUCCCAAUGCAGUGGGUCCAGUUGCUUAAUGGUUUUGACCAACAAGAGCUAUAUGGGUGGCCCAUGCUAACUCCAUUGAAGAUUCAGAUGCAGAAGUGUGACAAAUGUUCCUUGGAAUUCUGUUCUACUGUUAACUACCGCAGGCAUAUACGUGUGCACAGACGUUUGAAAGUUGAUAAGGAUUCUUACAAGAGCAGGGAUUCAUUGGGAGCAUUCUGGGACAAGGUCUCCCUGGAUGAGGCGAAAAACAUAUUAUCAUUUAAGGAUGUGACCCUAGAGGGACUUCCUGGCUCCUCAAUAAUUAAAGCAUUGGCCUCAUUUAUUCGCGCUCCUGGGUUUUGUACUCUUCCGCAAGUUUAUGUAAAGGCUGGCCUUGUACUCUUGGAUGCAAUAGAAGCUACACCUUCCAGGCUCCCAAUAUCCUCCCAGGAGUUGUUUACUGUACUUGAUGAUGCUAGUGAAAGAACAUUCUUAAGUGGUAGCACAGAAGGGUCGGUGCAAAAGUUUAUCUUUGAUGGGGAGGCCAGAAAAGUUGGCCUUGAGAUUAAGAACCUUGUUGCUUGCACCAGCUUCCUGAUUGAACAAAGCCUGGUUAAAGCAUGGAUUGCUGACAAAGAUGCUGAAGCCUUGAGGUGCCAAAAGUUACUUGUGGAGGAGGAAGAAGCUGCUCAGAGAAGGCAAGCUGAGCUUUUGGAAAGGAAAAGACUAAGAAAACUUCGGCAGAAGGAACAAAAAACAAAGGGAAGGUCCUGCAAGGAGACGACUGUAUUAACUAGUGCUGCUGAUAUACUUGAGACUGUGCCUUCUGCUGAAUCAUCCACUCCACCCCAAUCUGAAGCUGAUUUACAUGCUGUAUCCAGUCCUCCCCAAUCUGAAGUUGAUUUACAUUCUUCAUCCAGUCCACCCCAAUCUGAAGGCGAUUUACAUACUUCAUCCAGUCUACCUCAUUCUGAAGGUGAUUUACAUGAAUUAGAAGAUCAUUCCUCAGUUAUUGAGCCCGUCCACAUCUUCAACAAUGAAGUAAAUGGACAUAUUAAUAUUGAAGGUGGAUACAACAGUGAACUUGUGGAUAUAGGCAGGGCUAAAAAUGUUGAAUUGCCAGAAAGUCAGGAUAGCAAUAAUCAGCAGAUAGUUGACAGUAAAUUACAGGUGUUGGAAUCAAAAAGCGAACAGAAUGCUUGUCAUCCUAGUCACAGUCUUGAUGUAGUGAAACCAGAUCCUAUACAAGCACAAGCUCCCCCAAAUGAUCUAAUGGUUGCCCCUGUUAAUGGCAGCGAUAUUAGCACUGGGAAAGGUACAGUAGAAAAUGGCCGGGAAUGUGUUUCAGCUUUAUUGCAUGAAAGGGAAAUUAGCCAGACAGAUCACACGAGUUGUGAGGUGAUGAUUGGAUCCAUAACCGUAACUCUGAGAAACUGCACAACACAGAAACAACAUGAUGAUAGUCAGUCUGAAUCCCUACAUGAAAAUUGCAGCAUAGAUCAUGUUACCUGCGAAAAUGUUGGUGCUCAUUACAAGCAGAUAAAACCGGAGUCCACUAUGAAUAACACACUAAUCUCCAAUGACAGACAUGAGGUGGAAUCGGAGUUCGUUGUUCAGACUGGAGUUACAGGAGUGGGUACAAUGCCAGACAAAUGCUCUCAUGCAUCCUCUGAAGUUGACAGUGAUAGCAAACAAAAUGACUUCAUACAGCCAGCAAAAGUGGCCCUCUCAAGUCAUUCUGCAAGAGCUUUUCUGGCCCAUAGAUGGAAGGAGGCCAUCUCAGAGGACCAUGAGACCUUGGUCCUGUCCCAAGAGGCUGAGAGUCAAGGACACUGUGAUGCCAUUAAUGAGUGCUCCGAAGCAGUUUCAACUGUAAAAGCAAUAGACAGUGAGGAGCUUAGCGUUCUUGGCCGUGCAAAAAACUUUCUGGAUAUUGUGGGGGCACCUGAGUAUCCAACCAGCAGACCUGUUGAUUCCAAGCGUACAAGUAAACCCAGAAAGGGUUACCAAAUGAAAGUACAACGCUAAACAAAAACCACACCUAGGAGGUAGAGGGAAAGAUGUAGUUUGUUAUACCAGAUUCGUAGUUAGCCGGUCCCCUUGGUUUUACCCUUAGUAGAAAACUGAGAGAGGUUUUUUUUUGAGAAGUAUCUUAAGGUAUAAUUUUCUUUCUUAAUUCAUGCGGUUGAGAUAAUUGGUUAGUUGGGAUAAAUUUUUUGACUUAAAAGUUGCCUUCAAGAUUCAAAAACUGUUACUGCAGUUUCUAAGGUUUCAUGUUUCAUUAAAGUUAUAUUUACUUGA